UUUUUAUUGUUUCCUCUAGAAUGAGAUGCUGCGGCAGAGACUGAGGGUGGAACAGGACGAAUUAGGAGCGGAGCGACGCCGUCGGGAAGAAGGCGUUGCGGCAUUAACGAGAGAGACUAUUGCAUUAAAACACGCGACGCGUCAUUUGAGUGCCGCGACGUUUCACGCGACGUCUUGCCGGAAUCGUCGCCGAUGUUCCAUCUGCAUAUACGCUAGACGCACCUUCGCCAACAUUGACAAUUAUCGUGACAAUGGGAAUCUUUUGCAGUGCCUUCAAACGCCCUUACAAGAUCUUCGUAAUUGGUUACGACCUACCGUGUCGUCGGCCUGCUCGUCUCGCAUUCCACAAAUCGAAUCGUCUAUUGCUGAUCGGGAAAUUUCUUACAUUGACGACUCCAGUGCCGAUAGUAGCAGCAACGGCAGUACUAACAGCCGUAGCUGCAGUAGCAGUACUAGCAGCAGCAACAGCGCUUACGACGAUGAUGCAUAUCCGAGUACUCCGAUAGCCGAGCCAUCCCUUUCGUCGGCCACUUCUAGCGUCCCGCAUACAGCCAGAGCCUUUUCUUCGGAUUCAGGGUUUUCCUCAGAGAUAGGGGAUCGUAGAUCGCGAUGUUUCGACAACGUUGCCAGCAGUACCAGUAGUAGCAGUGGCAAGAGCAGAAAUGUUAGCGAGUCGUUAGACAGCAACGAAAUCAACGAUCAGGGCGCGAGUGGAAGAGACGGGCUUACCCGCUCAAGAUGGACUUCCUCCUUCCGUAGACUACUCGGACGGAAAUCGAGGAGUAACCGUUCCUCAGGAACAAGCAAGACUGAUGAACCGCAAUGAACUAUUUGUACUGAUUGCGAGACAAAGACUCGACAAAAAUACAUUUAUCCCGUCCUCCUCCCUCUUCCAAAACAACCUCUGCGAAAAAAUCCAGUUCUUAAUUCGAAAUGAAGCAAGGUCUUUGCGAACUGGUUGAAUUCUUUUCAUCGGAAAGUGUUGAAACUGCCGAGGGUUGCAUUUCUUUUUUAAUAAGAGAUGCAAGUGAAUUUAUAUAUGGAUUUAGGGAUCCUGGAAUGUUUAAGAGAAUAACUGAAUGAUACGUAUUCUCGAAACUUGUUGUUUCAAGAGAUAUAUAAUCGUGAUUUUAUCUUUUUCAAGAUUAUGGACUAUGCUGAAAAUAAUUUAGAAAACAAUAUCAGAUAUCUUGUAAAAUACUAGAAAUAACAUAUAAUUUCUAGAUUUUUUUAAAUUCUUUUUUUAUAUCGAUAAUGUUUUACGUCAGGAAUUCUUCAGUAAAAAUUAUAUUGUACUCCAGAAUCCAGAAAUUCUAACAAUAAGUGUAGAUCCAUGAUGUAGGAAUUGAAUAUUGAAUAAGUUAAAGAGAAUUAUAUAUAUAUAUAAUUGUAUAAAAAGGAAUUAAAUUAUUAGAAACAAUUGCAUUUGAAGUUUAUAAGUAUAUUACUAGAAAAAAGUAUAGAUGGGUUUUAAAGGCUUUGAAUUUUAAAAUGUAAGAUUUUCAUGUUUUAGAAUGUAAUUUUAAAAUAUUCGGUUUAAAUCGAACUAUAAAAUAAUAGAGAAACGUUAUUGUUUGUAUUCCGAAAGUUUCUUCUAUUGUUACGUUUUAUUGUUAUCACAGCGAUUGUUGUUGUAUUUGCCAAGAAAUACAGUGGCUAAUUAUAAGCAUGAUCGAUCAAUCAAUUUAAUUGGAAGUUUUAAAUUCGCAACAAUUUUUUGUCUUUUGUCAAUAUUAUAUCGUUUGCGACGAAAGAGCCAGCCCUUUAAAUACGUGUAUGAUGAAAAUGGUCGGACCAAAUUGCUGACAUGUCACAAUCCUGUUACGAUAAUGUUGUGAAAUGUAGGAAAUUCCAAUAUUGAAAUAUUACGCAAAUAAAAUUAUGUAUACGAUAAA